CGCACCGGGGGCGCGCUGCGCCCGGCUGCAGGCAGGCAGGGUGACACACUUUCGUGCUUCACCUCACCGCCUGCCACAUGCAGCUGGAUCGGCUCUCUGCUCGCUGACGGCCGCAUGCUGCUCCACCGCCGGGCUGAGAGAAGCGCUGGGAAACUGCAGGAACCCUGAGAGCUCCAGCUUCCAGCGAGGAAUCAGAAAAAAGAGGGAAAAACAGGAGCGGAUGCGUGUUGUUUGACCUGACGGCUGAUCCGGUCCUGGUUCGUCACUGAGGUCAGCUGCUGCCUCCUGAGAGGCGGACUGGGAGCAGCGCCGAGAAUAAAGCGGGAUUAAAGUUAUCUGCUGGUUUGGAGGGAAAAACGGAGACCUACCGAGACAGCGGCCGGCUUUAGUUAUUUAAUAACAUUCAACAAGGUUUACCAAAGGAAAUGGGCAAAGGAGUUCCGGUCACCUUCUAAGAUGUUUCCUCACCACAGAGAAAGGGAGCAGCCGAUAUUCAGCACUCGCGCCCAUGUUUUCCAGAUCGAUCCCACCACCAAGAGGAACUGGAUACCUGCGAGCAAGCACGCCGUCACCGUGUCCUUCUUCUAUGAUGCCAACCGCAAUGUCUACCGUAUCAUUAGUGUGGGUGGAACCAAAGCAAUUAUCAACUGCACCGUUACACCAAGCAUGACAUUCACUAAGACAUCUCAGAAGUUUGGUCAGUGGGCUGACAGCAGAGCAAACACUGUCUAUGGACUGGGUUUUGCUACUGAACAGCAGCUGCAUCAGUUUUCAGAGAAGUUCAAAGAGGUUAAAGAUGCUGCUCGUCUGGCUCGGGAGAAAUCUCAGGACAAAGAACUAGCCAACACUGCACUAACAAUCGCUGCUCCUCAGUUCUCGCAGGACCUCUCGGAUGAACUCCAGUCUCCGCCAGUGAUGUGCGUGAAUGGACCAGAGGACAAGCUGUUCCGCAGCCAGAGUGCAGAUAUCACACUGGCCUCUGAGAAGGAGAGGAUUAAGAAGAUGCUUUCAGAAGGAUCUAUUUGUGAGCUCAAUCUGGAAGCUGAGCUUUUCACUCUACAGGACAGCAACUCCAAGUUGGUGGCAGCUUUGCAUGAGGCUAAUGCUAAUGUGGAGCAAUGGAAGAAACAGCUGGCGGCGUAUCAAGCGGAGACUGAAAGGCUUAGAGAACAGGUGGCAGAAUUGGAAAUCCAUGGAAGCCAAGGACCCAGUGACCUUCUGAAGGAUGAGCUUACCCAGUCCCUGGAGGAGCUGGAAGCCUUACUGAAGGCCAAAGAUGAGGAGAUUCACAUCUUACAGAGCAAGAAGGCUGAGUACCAUGCGAUGGAACAUGAGCGGGAUCAAGCCAUUCUCAGACUAAGGGAAAUGGAGAUGAGGAGCUCAGAGUUGGAGCGUCGAAUCCAAAAUGCAGAGCAGAACCUCAAUAACUCCCUGGAGGAUCGGGAUCGUAUCGAUACUGAGAUCCAGAGGGCUAUAGAAAUUCUUGACAUUAAGAUCUUUGACCUUAAUGACCUUCGACAGAGUCUUGUUAAACUUCUUGACAAAUGAGCAGGACAGUUCAUGUCACAGAACUGGUCGAGAGAGAAGGAACACUUUUUCCAUGGUCAGAGCUACAAGCAAUCUUAAAAAGGAUGAAAUAGAUUUCUGUGCACAUGGAUCGUUGUGCAGGAAAGCGGGUCGCUCCAUAUUUAACCGGUAGCUGUCUUCUAUUACUCUACAUCAUUUACAGAAGAUACAGAUCUAAGAAACAACAUAGUUUCCAUAAUAAAUCACUUCAAACAUAAUUAACUGCAAUAAUCCAACUUUAAAUAAGUACUUUGCCAUCGUAGACUUUUGAAAUGGUGCUUUUCUUUUCUUUAUGACUUUUACCAGAAUGAAUAAUAUGCAUUGUUGCUCAUCUUAACAAUUUGAGACUAAAGAAAAAGGAGGAGGAAAAAAAAUGCUGAGUAUAAACUUUAUAAGAUUUCUUAAAUAACACACACUAAAUAUUCUUGCAGUUUGUUGAAUAUAUCCAUGAUAUGAUGUAUGAUACUGGCAACACAACUGCACUGUAGUUAAAGUUGCCAAAAUAAAUGAUAAACUGUUUUAAACACUAAAGAAAAAAAGAGACUAGAAUAAUUUGAUAGAACGGAAAAUGAAAGAUCUGAAUUUUGACGCCAAAGAUCACAUGUUGAGUGCAGAAUAAGUUAAGACAUUUUAAUAGUUUAUUUAUAAUAGCAUCUUUGCUUAGAUUAUGAUUCUUUAAGCCAGGGUUACUCAAACGAAUAUAUUGAUAUACAGCUUAAGCAAAUAAAUUUAAGAUAAAUAUUUCCAAAAUAAUUUAGUUUAAAUCUCUGAACAUAAAGAUGAUAUUGAUAUUGUUUGACAUAAUCUGCUGUGCUUUAUCUUGCAACAAUCUAUUCUAACCUUUAGGCUAAGGCUUAACAUUUUAAUGAGCAUAUCACAUUUAAGAGAGUUGGUCUUUUUUGCCUUCAGUGUUUCAUUAAAUGUUUUUAAUCUCUGUUUUUUUUCACUUUGAUUUUUGUGCAGUGAUCCAACAGCUUUGGUGCACUGUAUGAGUUUCUCUGAUGUUCUAUAUUACUUGCAGAAACUUUAACUCAUGUUGUAUUAUUUGAAAUAAUCUUGUUUGCAUGAUUUUUUUCUUCUUCAAGCCUUAAUAACAACCUUUAAGAAUGCUAGUAAGGAGAUUUGACAGCUUUGUCUUAAACUCUGACUUAUCAGGGUGGAAAUAAAGGCUAAGCUAUAUUUUUUUUAGUU